UAGUACCUAAUGUACCUAUGGAUUUACUUAAACUAACCUAAAAUGUGCGUGUUGCGAUUCUCUUUUAACUUUUAAACUUUUAAUAUAGAUAGCAGUAACACACGAGUCUAAUAGAUUUGUUUAUUUUACUUGAAAAAUGAAAAACGUUUUUAACACUACAUAAAAAUACUGAAUUGGAUUUAAUAUAACACAGUUUUCGUUUAAAUGGAGCCCAGAAAAGUGGAUAUAGGCGUUUUAGAAGAAAAACCUAGUUGGCUUUUACAUCCAAGGUUCUUUCCAAGCAAAAUUGGCGGAAAACCAUCCUGGCUUAAUCUGCAGGAUCUACCGAAAUCUAGUGAGCUUUUAUGUAAAAAAUGCCAGGAUCCUACAGUUUUCUUGUGUCAAGUUUAUGCUCCGUUUGAAGAUGUAGAAGAUUGCUUUCAUAGAACUAUAUUUAUUUUCAUUUGUAAAAAUGGAAAUUGUUGCAGUAAAAACAACACUGAUAACUUUAUUGUACUACGCUGUCAGCUUCCUAGAACGAAUGAUUUCUAUUCCUAUCAACCAUAUGAAGAAAAAGAUGAGGAAUUCCCAAUGGACAACUGGACAAAAUUGUGUGAUGUAUGUGGUGCUAGAGGACCUGCUCAUUGUUCAAGGUGUAAGAAAGUGUACUACUGUAGUAGGAAACAUCAAAUUAUUGACUGGCAAAAGGGCCAUAAAGAACAAUGUCCGCAACUGCAGUCUGGUGAUAUUGUGAGUACAAAUAACUUCAAAAUUACAAAGGCUGGACAGUCAGUACUGUUUAAAGAAUGGGAACUGAUUGUUGAUGAAGAAGAUGAGGAAGAUCCAAAUAACACUGAUAUAAAUCAAGAGAUGGAGAAGCUGAACAAAAUGAUGCAAGAAAAAAAAGUUGGCUCAUUGAACAAUAUUAGCGAAAGUGAAUUAGAAGAAUACACAAGAACAGUACCUAAUGACAAAGUGUUUAAUAAAUUUAGUAAAAGGGUUGCUAGACACCCAGAACAAGUUCUAAGGUAUGACAGAGGAGGUGUACCCUUAUGGAUUACUAGUAAUAAUGACAGCUUAGUUCAUAUACCCAAAUGUGAAUAUUGCAAUGGUGAAAGGCAAUUUGAAUUCCAAAUAAUGCCGCAACUGCUGAAUUUCUUAGAUGUUGGUGUAGAAUUGAACAGCAUAGACUGGGGAGUACUAGCUAUUUAUACUUGCAAAGCUAGUUGUAACAAAGGAUCUGCAUACAUGUUGGAGUAUAUGAUAAAACAAGAUUUAUCUGAUUGAAACAUCUACUUUUCUUUCACUGAUUUCUUCCCAUAUUCUUCAGAUACAUAUGUUAAAAAGUCAUUCAAACCACUAAACUCUGUUCUUGAUUGAGGUGGAUUGUUCUU